AUGGCAUUGACGCCUCGGUCAAGUGCCGCGGACCCCCGUCUCAGUGACAGUCUGCUUGCCGAGAGCGAGAAGACAGCACGCCGGAAACUCUGCGCUGUCGUCAGCGUCACGGCUGUUCUGACCAGCGGAUAUGCCACCACGCUGUUUCUCGCCUACCAGUCCCAGACGAUCUCGGCCAGUGCGACACCAACGCCCUCAACGGCGUGGUCACCAACUGCGCCGCCUCUACAGCCGCCACUGCCUCUGCCCCCGCACCAGAUGCCUCCCCUGCCGCCUCAGCCUGGGCGGCAGCCGGGACCAACGCACUCCACCGAACUGGCGGACGGCGCUAGUAGCAGCCACCUCAACAGCGCCAACAGUCAUCAAACCGACAGCGAUCGUACCAAGAGUCGUCCUACAAGCAGCUAUGCAAGCAAAAGCUAUGCCUUCAUCGACUACGACGACGACAAUUAUGCUAAAAAUACCCUAAGACACGCCCUCCAUAGGAACAGCACUACUCAGAAUAGCUUCGCAAACAGCAGCUACGAUAAGAAUGAUAUCAACAGCAAUACUCAGAAUAGCUAUGCAAUGAGCAGCUACAAUAACAACGCUAGCGAAAGAAACGCUUUCGAAUCCUACGAUGGCGAUAGCCCUACGAAGAAUAGUGCUGCCAUCACAAGACAAGCUCUUGAGAACGACAGCAUAACUCCGAAUAUUAUGGCAAACACCAACUACAAUAGAAAUGCCAACAAAAGCAAAACUCAGAAUAGCUAUGCAAACAGCAACUCCAAUAACAAUGCUAGCGAAAGCCAUGCUUUCAGUUACUACGACGGCGACAACCCUGCUAAGAAUAGUGCUGCCAUCACGAAACACGCUCUUGAGAACGACAGCAGAACUCCGAAUAUUAUUACAAACACCAACUACAAUAGAAAUGCCAACAAAAGCAACACUCAGAAUAGCUAUCCAAACAGCAACUCCCAUAACAUUGCUAGCGAAAGCCAUGCUUUCAGUUACUACGACGGCGACAACCCUGCUAAGAAUAGUGUUGCUAGUACAAGACAAGAUCUUGAGAACGACAGCACAACUCAGAAUAGCUUUACGAACAACUACAAUGGAAAUGCCAGCAACAACAAUGUUCAGAAUAAUUAUGCAAAACGCAGCAACAAUAACGAUGCUAACACCACGGUAACAACAUUACUGUAA